AUGGCUCUGUUUCUCGCCUCGGCCCUCGUUGGCCUCGCCGCCGCUCAGUCCCCUGGUGACAAGCCAGACGUUCACCCAGGACUCACGACAUGGGAGUGCACAAAGGCCGGAGGCUGUCUCCAGAAGAACACAUACGUCGUGCUCGACUCGCUCGCCCAUCCCGUCUAUCAAGUCGAUGCGCCCGAGUACAACUGCGGUGACUGGGGAAACCCGCCAAACGCCACUGCUUGCCCCGACGCCGAAACAUGUCAACAAAACUGCAUUAUGCAGGGUGUCCAGGACUAUACCAAGGUUGGAGUGUUCACCGAAGGAGCUUCCAUGAGGAUGGAGCUCCUGGGUGACAACGGCGCUGAGCUGUCGCCCCGCGUCUACCUGUUGAGCGAGGACAAGGAGACGUACGAGAUGCUGAGCCUUACUGGCAAGGAGUUCACGUUUGAUGUCGACGUUUCGAAACUUCCCUGCGGCAUGAACGGCGCGCUCUACCUCUCCGAGAUGCCUGCCGAUGGUGGUCUGUCGGAGCUGAACCAGGCUGGUGCGUACUGGGGCACCGGCUACUGCGACGCCCAAUGCUACACCACUCCCUUUGUCGGCGGCGAGCCCAACAUCGAGGGCUAUGGGGCGUGCUGCAACGAGAUGGACAUUUUCGAGGCCAACUCGCGCGCCGUGCACGUGGCUCCCCAUCCCUGCAACAUCACGGGUCUCGUCGAGUGCGAGGGUGCCGAGUGCGAGGCAGACGGCAUCUGCGACAAGUCUGGGUGCGCCUACAACGCCUGGCGGUUCGACAACGAGGAACACUACGGCCUCGGUCUCGAGGUGGAUACGACGCGGCCCUUUACCGUCAUCUCGCAAUACCCGGCCGACGAGAACGGCGUCCUAACCGGCUUCCACCGCAUGUACAUCCAGGACGGUCGUCUGAUCGACAACGGCGAGGUCGUCCGCCCGUCGCUCCCCCAGAUCGACUACCUCAACGACGAGCUCUGCGAGGCCACCUACGCCGAAGACUUCCUGCGCCUCGGCGCCACGGCCGGCAUGGGCGAGGCCAUGGCCCGCGGCAUGGUGCUGGCCAUGAGCAUCUGGUGGGACCGCGGCGGCAACAUGCAGUGGCUGGACGGCGGAGAGGCCGGGCCCUGCAACGCGACCGAGGGCAACCCCGACGAGAUUGUCAAGGUCGAGCCCAGGCCCGAGGUCACCUACAGCAACAUCAAGUGGGGUGAGAUUGGCUCCACGUUCAAGGAUCCGUCCAAGUGCAAGAGCAGGCGCAGCUAG